AUGUCCCCGCUGCUGCUGGCCCUGGCCCUGGCCCUGGCAACCGCCCCCGGCUCCCGAGGCGCCUGCCCCGCGUCCGCCGACCUCAAGCUAGAGGACGGGACGCGCACGUGCGCCAAACUCUACGACAAGAGCGACGCCUACUACGACAACUGCUGCGCGGGCGCUGAGCUGUCGCUGGAGCCGGACACCGACCUGCCCUACCUGCCCUCCAGCUGGGCCAACAAGGCAUCCUCGCUGGUCGUGGGCCAGCGCUGCGAGCUCACCGUAUGGUCGCAGAAAGGCAAGGAGGGCAAGACACGCAAGUUCUCUGCCGGCUCCUACCCGCGCCUGGAGGAGUACCGCCGCGGCCUCUUUGGCAACUGGAACAACGCCAUCUCGGCGCUCUACUGCAACCCCUGA